UACUCCCCGAUCAAUCAGUAGAAAAAUGUAAGCUGAAUCAUUCGCCGGAAUUGGCUCCGCUAUUCUCCCCGCAAUGCAUAUAUAUAUUUUAUGAGAGCGCAUCUUGGCAACUUGGCCCCUGCACUCUCUCUUGCAGUCCCUGCAUACCUGGUGCAAUGUCCAUCACUAUGGGUAGCAUUGGAAAUUGGGAGCAAGUCGUCGCAGAGAAACGGACUCUUCGUGAUAAGUCCUUGACACCAUAUAUGGUUUCGAAUCUGGACGAACGAGGUCCCCGAGUCGAUAACGUCCAGGAGCGCUCCUGUCUGGACGAUUCUCUUGCGCAGAAUAUUACCGACAUUGAUAGCAUCCCUACACUUCUGGAACAAUUAAGAGCGGGAAAAUACACUGCCGAACAGGCAACCCACGCCUACAUUCGAAGGUGCGUACCAUAUCGCCGUGCCCAGUUUUGAUGGGGAUGCCUUCUGUAAGGAUCUAUAUCCCUACAACCCUCGCGAUACUCUGAUAUCGCGAGGAAUGCCCAUACUGGAAUCAGUCCCGUCGCGAGGCUUGGG